UGCCGGCUAAUGCAGGGCUGGCACUAUCAGAGAUCUCCCUCCCCGGUCCGCAGGCACCGUACUGGCAGCUGGAGCUUGGAAGCUCAGCCUGCAAUGCUCCGGAUCUCUUCACUCUCACCACUGCGACCACCAGGGAUUCCCCACGGACCACCAGGGAUCGAGAGAUGUCCUCCCUCCUCCCUCAGUAAAGGUGACCGAUAAGUCUGUAGCAGUGGAAUGCAUUUUUUAUGGUGCAAGUUGCCUGUUUUCUUAAAACGUGGCCAGCACGUACCGUUUAUAAAUACGUCAACUUGAACUUUAUAGAAGUCGCUGGCAGCUUUGCUCUGCAGUCAUGGAAGCCUUGUUAGAAAGAAUUCAAAAACAGGAUAAAAAGGGAAUACUAUAUGGCUCCUGUGAGCUGGAGUUACAGGAACUAAUGAGACAGAUAGACAUAAUGUUGGAACACCAGAGAUCGGAGUGGGAAGCUCAGACUCAGAUGCUCAAUUCACGCUUAGCACUCAAAGAUCAGGAACUGAGCUCUGCCAAAACCAGGGAAGCUGUACUGCACCAGGAGAUUAGGACGUUGAAACAGCAGAUCAGGAUGCACGAAGAAGGCAAUCAUGAAAAGACCAUGGAAUAUGAAACCCAACUCUCACGGUUUCAGGAAGAGUUGUCCAGGUUGAAAAAAAGUUAUGAGAAGGUUCAAAGGAAGCACCAGCGUUCUGACAUGAAGAGCCAAGCGGAAGAGGAGAAAUAUGAAGUCGGCCGUCUGGCGCGAAAAUUAGAGGAAUUUCGUCAGAAGUCUCUGGAUUGGGAGAAACAACGCCUUCUUUAUCAACAGCAGGUCUUUGGGCUGGAAGCUCAGCGCAGGACUUUGGCAGAGCAGGUUGAUUUGUAUCAGCAACAGUCACACAGCCGCAAGCAAAUGCUGGAGCAGACUAGUCUGGUUGGCCGAUCGGAGUUUCAGCACCUCAGUGGCCAGCUUUCUCGUGCCAAUGACACUAUUUGUGCCAAAGAGGAAGAGUUGGAAUCCUUAAAGCUACAGUUGGCGGACGCGAUUGCAGAGAAGGAACGAGUUAAGCAAGAGCUUUGGCAAGCCCAGCAAGACUUACAGGUGCUCCAGGAUGAGAAGGUUGAACUGCGUGAGACACUGCAAGCUCAUUCAGACUUCCUGGAAGGCUCCAAAGCUCAGAAAGAGGAGCUACACCGAGAGGUGUGCAGGGCAAGUGAGGCUUUGAAAGACAAAGAGAAUAGCAUCAGGUCUCUAGAAGAAAAAUUAAAGGCAUCCAGGUUAUCAGACAGCCGACUGGAUGUGGACACUGUAUAUUCUCGUCUAUCCAUAAGCCUUUUAAAUGAACAAAGGCUACAGGCUGAAGUGACCCAUUUGGAAGACAGCGUUGGCUCCGUGACCAUGCAGUGCCAGCAGCUUUCCAAAGAACUUAAGGAAAAAGGGGAGUUUCUGCGCCUGGUCGAAGAAGAACACAAGAAAUGCUCUGUAGAAAUUAAGAAGCUGAGGAAUCAGCUACGCCAAGCUGAGCUGUCUUAUAACAGUGCAUUAGAAGGCAUGCGGAAAGAGAUCUCACAGCUGACUCAGGAACUGCACCGUAAAGAUCUUGCCAUCGUCUCCUCUGGUAACACCACCAUAGAUUGGGAGAGGAAAGCCAGGAUUGAAAGGGAGAGACUGGAGCAAGAAGCAGCAGAUCACAAGGUUUCUCUGGAAACAUUGGAGACCUUAAGAAAGGAGAACUGUCAGCUGUCAGAGAUAAUUGAGAAGCAAGAACCAGACGUGAUUCAGGCUUUGGACAAUUUGGAGAGUGAGAAUCAAAACCUGCGUCAGGAAUUGUCACAGGCACAAAGGAAAGUGGACCACAUUCUGCAGACCCAACAGUCCGAGAUCCAGGCUGCUGCGGAAAGAAGAUCACGUGAGUUACUUAAAGAACAUGAAGAGGAAAUGAGAUUAAUGAAGGAGAAUAUAAAUGAACUCUCAGAACGUUACACUAGAGAAAUUCAAGCUUUGCGUUCACAAGCUGUUCCUUCCUCCAAUGUAACUAGCCUUAGUAGGACAAGUUCUGUGGAGUCCAUGUCUUCUGAUGUCUGGAAGGGAAAUAUAAAGAGGUCGCCCGGUGCAGGUGGGAAUGAGGAGGAUUCAAGUGGAGAGUCCACAUCAGAAUGUGUGUCUGUACUCCCCAUGCCUCCUUCCACUCCAGCUAGUGCUAUAGCUGUGCGCUUCUUGCAAGAGGAAGAGCUCCGUUCGAGGGAUCUCCUGCAGCGUCUAGAUUCUCACAUCGAGGAGCUAAAGCAGGAUAGCCAGCGGACAGUGCAGCACUUCACCCAGGCAAGAUAAUUAAAUCUGGCAGUAGAAAAGCCAUUAAUCAUUGUGCAAAUGACCUGAGAUAUCCUCUGUAAAAAAUCCCGUGGCAUAGAGUAAAGUUCUUUCUGUGUCCACAUGGUGUCACAGGUGAGCCAGCCCCAGUAAGCUGAAAUAUCUGUUGCCAUCUUUUGAUAUGAAGAUUUAAAUUGCAAACAGCAUUUAUGAACUACUGUGUGCAAAACCAGCCGUGAAGAAUUAGUUUGUCUUCAACUUGGCUCAGGGUGUUGUAGCCAAGCAUUUGCAUUGCAAGCCUUGGCUUAUUGGACAUGAGGAGCAUAGGGGCAAGUCAACAAAGACAGGACUUUUUGAUGUAAAUGUCUGGAUAUCCUGGCACGGCACACUACAUGAAGGACCAAAAUAUUGUAUAUUAAUCUACAACUAUUUUUAAAAUAAAUAUGUAUAUAUAAUGGGUGAUUGUGAUAACUUCACUGAAUGCAAUGUUCCAGCUCAUUUCAAAUUCCCUCUAGUUUCUCCAAUUGCUUAAUGUUUGUCUUAGAACAAUUCUAGGUAACCCAGGGUUAAAAAUGUUACUGUUUCUUAAGUAUUUUUAAACCCAGUAAUAUAGGAGAACUUUAUAGAAAUGGCUCUUUACUAAUGCCUAUAUGCAUUUAUCAAACUCUUGCAGCUAUGAAUCACUCUACUUAGAACUCCUACAAAACUCUUACAGCUGCUUGUUAAUAGGUGUACCUGGUAACUUGUUCUUCUAGUUGGGUUAAUGUAAACGUGUAAUGAACUGUAUCCCUAAACAAUUCUCCUCUGUUCUCCUUCUGGCUGGCAGAUGGUUUUAAUACAUGUAGCCUAAAACAGCAGGAGUGCCUUUUCUUUCUCAAGAAUAUCCAAUG